UUCAAAAUGGCAGACAGAAAGUCAGCGUUCAAGUCGAGUAUUCUUACUAAAAACCUCACAAGAACGAAGGAAAAGGUUCUCUUGAAGCUCGGCAAAGUAGACGAGACCAGAGAUGCGGCCUUUGACCUCUACGCACAGAACUUCAGCCAGCAGCAAGCUGUGGCGGCGAGGUUACAGAAAGAACUCAAGACCUACAUGAACUGUGUACGAGCAAUGAGCACUGCCAGCCGGAGUUUACACGAGGCACUAGAGAACAUCUACGAAUCUGAUUGGGUGAAGAGCAGUGAAGUACCUCAGUCCAAAGAAACACUAGACCUUCUUUGGGAUGAUUUCCAGAGGAAGAUGAACGAUCAGGUGAUCAACCCGCUCUUCACGUACCAGUCCAAGUUUCCAGACGUAAAGAAACGAGUGGAGAAGAGGUGUCGGAAGAUGAUCGACUUUGACAGUGCGAGACACAACCUGGAAACACUCAAGAAGAAGGAUGACGCCAAAGCCGCAAAGGCCCAAGAAGCCUACAGUGAAGCCAAGAAAAUGUACGAGGACAUCAACAACGAAAUGCUGGAAGAGCUCCCUGCACUAUAUGACAGUCGUGUUCCAUUCUACGCCGCUACGUUCCAGCUCUUCUACGGUGCAGAGGCCACGCUGCACGAAGAACUCGGCAAACUUUCACUAAAUCUCGGCAACAUCAUGGGCGAGCUGUAUGAGGAGACGUCCAAGGGAACAUACGACAUAAAGCGACUUUCUCAAGUUGGAUCACCUGAUGUGGUAGGUAACACUCACCUGCCCGGCUCCAGAUCCGGCUCCGCCUCUCCUGGCAACUCCAUCUACGAGGUGCAGGUGCCAGAGCAUUACAACGAGAGGGAAGUGGCGCCACGCCCCGAAGCCCAGCAACAGCAGGCCCAGCCUGACGCAUCGGCAGCAGCAACAGCAGCAGCCCCUGGCAACGAGGACGAGGACGAAGAUGACGCCUUUGAGUAUCAGGUCCCCAGGCCGGCAGAGCCCGCCCCGGCUGAGAUGAGGCGGACAUCAGAGAAGGACGAGGAGCAGCGAGCAGUCCCGCCCCUCGCAUCACCAGAAACAGUAUCACCUAACAAAUCCAACGGGGAACUUCCACCUGGAGUCAUGUAUAGGGUAAGGGCCACACACAACUAUGUGCGGAGAGACUCAGACGAGCUGACUUUUGAAAAGGGAGAGACCAUAGACGUACUGCCAUUUGAUGAUCCGGACGAUCAGGAUGAGGGAUGGUCGCUUGGAAUCAAGACAUCCGAUGGAUCCAAAGGCGUCUUCCCGGAGAACUUCACUGUGCGACUCUGAGCGAAGUUUCUUCUUUUGUGGGGGUUGUCAUUUUUUUUUCUCCCCUUAAAAUCUUGAAUGGAGGAUAAUGCUUCGCCACGAUAUCAUGCAGCCUUGGACGAGCUCUCCGCUGCCAAAAGCCUCCAGAACAGGGUUCGUAGAUCUGAUGCCUCUUCAGUAUGAAUAGUCAGUAGCUUUUUUUUUCUCCACCUCCAAACAAUGUGGAGUCACAGAGGAUGGUGUUGUCCGUGUUACUUGCUUAAAAUUUCACAAGAUCUCUAGGCCGUGAAUGAAAAAUUUGAACUACACAAGCCUGCCAGGAACAAAAUGGACAAAUGUCAUAAUUUGACCUGAAGAGAACUGAGCUGUGUAGACCAUCUCUUAGGUCUCAGCUGUUCGAUCUCUUUUAAAUCUUUGGCAUGCAUGUAGAGACAUUCGUUCUGAGUACAUCUGUCGUGUCUCCAUUCAUUCUGACAAAGGGUUCUAUUACGUUUGUUUAGAAUUCGUGGACUCAUACGCACCAGCUACUGAGCCAAAAGCCCGUCAGUGGGAAAAAAUUUGCAUUUUUGCCUGACCUGUCUCUGAAUGAAAUUUUGCAAGAACAGUACGUCCGAUUUUCAUUAAACUGGUGUCAAAGUUAUUGGAAGACAUCACUAGCAAAACUCUGAAGGCUUGGCACAAAAAAAAUUCCAUUUAUAUAAUAUCGAAGAAAAUGUCAAGGGGCACCCCCCCCAGCUCAUUCAGGGUUGAUAUGACAACACUAAUGAUUCACUCUCUUCCUGAAGCUGUGACUUUAUUUGCUUCAACUUGAUGUCGUGACAAACCCUUCCACUUUGUUGACCCACGAUAUAUGUUCCGUUCCAUUGUUCAUAUUUUUCAGUUUUCUUGAAAAUUUAAAGAACGUUUGUCUGAAGAUAGUGAUCUAGAAGAUGUACAAUGCACUUGUUGCUUUCAUUAACUUCUAAUCAAGUACAAAGCGAUCUUGUUAUGACCCAGACCCAAAGGAAGUACUUUUUUUGUCAUUUAUGAGACAGUAUUUCUAGGAGUUAUGGCAAAAAUCAAACUUUUUUUUAAAUGCUUACCAAGACUAAAAUACCUCAUUAAUAUUAAUGCAAAUGAUAUGCAUGGUCUUGACAGCAGUCCACGUGUGAUGUAUUGUUUUUUAUGAUGAACUUAUGAAUCAUUGGCAACAUGGGCAAAUCUUUUAGAGAAGCACCACCUGCUAGUUGUCAACAGCCAAUCAUUGGCAAUAUCACUGAAAUUGGGCGUCUGAUUGGCUGAAUGCAGUGGGGUCAGAUGCCCACGGGAUAGAAGGGGGGAUGUGGUAGGAGGGAUCCUGGCAGUUAGUAACCAAAAAAUCCUGCCAUGUUGGUAUUGUGGCAGUAAAACCCAAUCCACUGUAUUUCAAAGUGGUUGGAUUAUAGUCUGUUUUCAUGACUGUGUACAAAUCUGUAAUUUGUGUACCUGUAUGCAACUACAAACAUUAUUAUUGAAGAAACAUAUUUGUCCUUAUCAAUGCAUUCAAAGAACCUGCCAUUUUCACUGUUCCAUGCCUAAGAUAUCGAUGAUUAUGCAUGUCGGUCUUUGAUAAUGCAGUUUGCUGGGUUAGUCUCUACUCAAGUUGUAAUUGAUGCACAUCAUACUUGUGCAUCAUUGUUAUGCAUCGGUAUUUUUCCCACUCACACCGUUCAUCGAUAUGACAUGUGCUUGAUGGUUUAACUUGCAUUUGUAAGCAAGAGUAACUACUUGGUUUAAAGCUAAUCUGAAUGUACAAAAUUAAUUUUCUGGGUACAACUGCUAACACAUUACCCCUCUGGUUAGAAUGACUGAAGUAGAAACAAUGUGUGUGUUACAUGUAAUUAAUUCCUGCCACAGAAAACUGUAUGCUGAUCCAAAAGUACUUUUUCUUGUACCAAAAAAAAAAUGAGGCAAUUUGUUUAAGAUGAGAAAUGUAAUAUCCUUUCAUUGCCGCAAUGUGAGUACUGCAUUUGUGCUGGAGAUUGGGUGCAAAAGAGCAGUUUUUAGUAAUCCUGCAGUUGUGGGAAAAUGGUGGAAAGUGUUUCUAAACUUCCACAAGAGAUUUCUAGGCUAAGGAAAAUAAAGGAACAUUGCACCAAGCUAGAGACAUCCACAGAGGAGGUCUCCCCACAGCAGAAGCCCCUGUCCCAAGCCCCAUCCCAACACCAUUUGAAAUUCAAAUAAGUGCUCAGGCUACAUGAAAGCUGCAGUUCAUUUGCUUUAAGUGACACCUUAAGAAAUGUUUGUCGCCUCCCCUGUUCCCCCUCCCUCUGUGCCCCCUCCCCUGUGCCUCCUCGUAAAUUUCAACCAAGUUACACGAUUGCACUAAGCAUCUGGCUUUUUUCCAUUUGCUGGUAUCAGAGCCAGUAUGCGCAGAUCAUCACAUGUAAAAGUUCUGUGUUGAGCAGUAAUUACAUGUACAUGUACCUAACUGGAUGCAGAUGAUUCUAAGCCUAUGAGCCCUGGGCUGGACCGAGAGGGCGCAAUUUUCCUGGCACAGGAGGCUCCAUUGGUCGGAACUGCACUUCGCUGGUUCACAAUUAACUUUGAAAUGCACGCUUUACAGCCCCCAUCGCUACCAGCAAAAUGAACGCUCUUGACCAGCAUGGCUCUUUGCAACCAAUGAGGGGGAGGGGAAGGCUUCUGCUCAAGAAAGAUAACUUAUCAAAGUACUUGUUACUAGUUGCCAGCGAGGAGACUGGACAUCUCUUGGGUUUUCUCAUUGAUUACUACAGGAACCCGAAUCCAUUUCCGGUUGUAGGAAAAAAAUGAGAGGUUCUGGGACAGUAUGGGGGCUUAGCACUGAAAAAAACAAAUUCACUUCCACUCCGAUCAUCAAAGCCUCUCAAGUUAUUUUCCCUCACAGAGGCUUUGCGAAGGAUAAUCCACGAGGACUAAAGUGUUCACACCUUUGACGACGGGGGAAUGGAGACCAGCAAGUGUAAUCAUACACUGUGAGUGGUGCAGGUCAGGUCUGACUAGCUUUACGGUGGUUGGACGAGUCGCCUGAGUUUGGUCUCACUAUUACAUACAUGUUUGUUACCAAGAGCUGGUUUUACCACAGUGUGUAUUGGGGAUUUUGAGCUUGGAGGGUUUGGAAUACAGGAUGGGUACUGUAGUUGGAGUGGAGCUUGGAGGCUCAACUGUUUGGAAUUACUGUUACACUGGAUCAGUUUUGGUUUGUUUUUUUUUCUUUGUUUUUUUUUUUUUUGCAUAGAUCCGCUCCUGUGAAUUUUGCAAAGCAAACUAGGAGACAUCUUUUUUUUCUUUUUCUUUUUAAAAACUCCUUCUGCAAUUCCCAACAUUUUUGCAUGGCAUUUCAUGCAGGGCUAUAGUCAAGUACUUUCACAAGACCAGUCACAAGUUCCAAGAUGAACUGUGAUCAGAAUGCUUUUUCCACAGUUCUUUUUGAACAGCUUGUGAAUGUGCAUGGUUUGUGAUGGUCUCGGCUAAAUCCCUCAAUUUCAUACACACUCUCAACAUUGCCAUGGUUUGACAGAUCACAAACCCAAACGGUAGCUCUUAGAGAACAGUUGUGCAUAAACUUUGCUCACUGACUGAGGGUCAUACGCCGAAUCGGUGUACUAGAAAAAGGAAAAGUUCAUCCCAAACCAAUCAUAGGUCAACCGUCUGGUCUUUAAAAACUUGCUCUAAAAUGCACCAGUGUGUGUUCGCAGGUCCCAGGAAUUUCCAAAGUGUCUCAUUGCAUAUAUGUACAUAAGAUAUAUUGUGUAUAAAUUUAGACUUUUUAACAUGUUCAAGCUUUUUAUAUGAUUUAACAAUGUCUUGCUUUAUUGUGGUUAUUAUGAAGUAGGUCCUAGGUUAGGAUUUGAUGCAGAUAUUGUACUUGCUGGGGCAUUACUUUCUGUUUUGCUUUAUUUAAUUUUCUUGGUCCCGGUUUUCACUGCACAGAGACUUGAAAUCUUCUUUGGUGUAUCUGGGCAGGUAAUUACAUGUAUGUUGUCAAAGUGGACUAAUUUCCAUGUUUCUUGGGUGCCAAAAUGGAAGACUUUUUUUUAUUUCUGAGAUCAUGAUGGUAUGUGGAUUCAAAUUACAUUGGAGUGAGCUGUACAGCUGCCAAGUACAAGAAGCAAUGCACUAGUACUACAGACCAGCUCACAAGCAAGGUUGGGAACCCAACGCAUGUAAUGGGCCGGACUAGACCAUGCCCUCAAAGCUUCUGAUAUCUCAUUGGUCCCUGUGAGAUUUACAGGCUUUCUGAAUCCUGAUUUGGUCUUCCUGUCACUAGGUGUUAACACAGCAUGCAGUACAUACAUGCAAAAUAUUAAAGUCCACACCGACCAAGGUCAUGGGAUAUCCAGGCAUGUGUAUCAAGGCACAGGGUUGUCUCUGAGUCUGACAUGUCUGAGUAAUACAUCAGGAAUAUCCAGGCUAACUUGCAGAUGGUUUUCAUUGAGAACAAUUGUCGGUGUGUAGCCUUCAGUAGCAACGUCCACCCAUUUGGCAAAAAAAUGUCGACGGGGGUUUUGGGUAUGGGGAUAAACUAAACAGGAUCGAGUGCACCACGUGACCACGCCUUACAGCGGGAAUUAACCAUCUGUGCUUGGAAAAUCAUAAAAAGGGAAAUCAGCGGCUACCAAAGAUUUGCUGGACAUGUCUCCUUUAGCUGAUGCUUGCUUGAGCAUUAUACAUGUAACUGACAUCACAUGAUGAUUUCAAGAAAACUUGUUAGUUGACGAUACAGAAGGAAACACCAGUGACUUUUGAAGUUUCAAGUAGAGUAAAUUUUGAUGUGGGAGACCCCCCCUCCUCAUUUUUUUUUUAAUUCAAGGGCAGGACGCUGGUAAAUGUUACGUAUGCUAUGUAAUUUUUUCUCCCUAAAGGUCUUCAGGGGGUUAUAAUCCCGUAGUUAUUUGGUUUAGGAUUUUACAAAGAAGGAUUUUUUCUUUUGGCCUACUCGUAGCCAUAGUGUAUUUUCAUAUUAUUUUACCCUUAUAGUCAUUUGAAUCGUGCAUUGAAAAUGUGCAUGUAUAUGUUAUCGUGCAUUGAAAAUGUGCAUGUGUAUGUUUAGUUGUAUGAAAAAAGGUAUGGGUGGUGAAAUGUGAUGAAGUUACUGCCGCAAUAUUAAAAGCUGACUGACAUGGCUGUUGUAUAGAGAUACUACAUGUAUCUUUUUGUUUAUAAGCUUGAUUUGUUUAAUGCAAUAUCUGUCGUGCGGUACGACAGAUUGUCCAAAUGCACUUCAUGUAAAAAAGUGCCUUUAUUUUCCCCUGAGCUAGUACUGUACUUCCCUCCUUUUUUUUCUUGUGUGCUGUGUGUUACUCUAUGGUACUUGUGUAUGAUUCUGAAAUUAUUUUAAUCAGCUGUCGACAUGAUUUACAUUGAUUUAUACUGUAUGUAGCUGGAACUGUUUUAAAUGCUUUAAGAUUUGGCUUGUCUGGAUGACCGACUUUUCUUGUUUCAUCUGCAUCAGUUCUAAUUUUUUUUUAUCUUGUGCUGCUUAAUAGUAGUUGACUACUUAGUAGUGAUGUAGUGAUAAGAACAUUAAGCAGAACAUUGUAUUUACAUUAGUACAAAAAUAACUCCUGAUUUGGAAUUUUUAUUGUAGUCUUAUCAACAAUUUGUACUGUUUGUUCACUUGGCUGCUUUUUUUUUUUUUUUUUUUUAAUCUCCGUAAUAAGAAAAACUAUGAAGAAUCCUUAAAGUUGAGAGGCUUUUAGAUGUUUGGUAACAAUUGGGUCUGAGAAUAAGGGAGGAAAGAUAUUGUGAACGCAAUCACCCGCCAAGCUUGCCUGUAACUUGUUUUUGCUUGGCAAUUUUAUGAAUAACUGUACUGUAUCUCUGUAAAACCGCACGGCAUCCGAUUCAGUGCUUACAUAUGGUCGCAGAACCCGGAUGCAUUCCGUACGAACCUCUUUUGAUAGUACAAGCUACAUGUUGCUCUAAAUAAUACUUGGGGACCUGAGUCUGUGAAUGA